AUGCCGCCGCUCUGGCCGCAAGUCGUCGACACAGUCUGCUCGGCCGGCGUGCUGCCGCGCAAGGAGCUCUUCGAGGCGUGGGAGGUGGCCGUGUGCGUCGACGCUGCGUUCCCGGCGAUUCCGCUCGUCGCGGACCUGGCUGCUGGCCACGGCCUGCUCGCGUGGCUCUUGCUGCUGCUCGGCGCUCGGCGCGGCGUCCGCCGCCGGGCCGUGUGCGUCGACACACGCCUCCCUGACGCGGCGCUCUCGCUGAGCGACGCCUUUGGCGAGCGCUGGCCCGAGCUGCGCGGUCAGCACCAGUACGUCGAGGGGACGUUGGACGCGGUGAGCGCCGCGCCCGGCGAGGCGCUCUUCACGUCGGUGCACGCUUGCGGUCCGCUCUCGGACCGCGUGAUCGAGCGCGCUGUGGCCAGCGCCUGCCCCGUCGCCCUCGUCCCCUGCUGCCACUCGCUCCGCAAGCAGCCGCCUCCGCCGCCCUUUACUCGCGCGGCGCUCGAGGCGGCUCCCGCACCACCCACGGGACUGACCGCACACUGGGUUCGGCUCGAGUUCCGCGCGGUCGGCCGUCCCAUCAGCAAGGGGGACGCCGGCAUGUGGCAGGCGCGUGUGCGGGAGGCGCUCGGCCAAUGGCAGCAACUGGAGAGCGAGGGAGGGUUUGUGCUUCGAUGAGGCGUUUGCCAGAAAGCGCCAACGUUACGCAACUGCCGGCUUUAUUAAAUAAAAACAAACUAUCCUACAUGAGAAGGAAGACACCUGGGCCACACCUGGGGAGAAUGCGUGCAAAUGAAUGUGCGCCUUUAAUAGAGGUA